AUGUCUAUCGCCAACACGCCUACCAGCAACGACGCCUGCCUGAGCAUCGUGCACAGCUUGAUGUGCCACAGGCAAGGCGGCGAGAGUGAGAGCUUCGCCAAACGGGCUAUUGAGAGUCUGGUUAAGAAGCUCAAGGAGAAGAAGGAUGAGCUAGACUCGCUCAUCACCGCUAUUACCACCAAUGGCGCGCAUCCCAGCAAAUGCGUCACCAUACCUAGGACAUUGGACGGACGACUACAGGUGGCUGGACGUAAGGGUUUCCCACAUGUUGUUUACGCCAAGCUUUGGCGCUGGCCCGACCUGCACAAGAAUGAGUUGAAGCACGUCAAAUAUUGCCAGUAUGCCUUUGACCUCAAGGCUGACAGCGUGUGCGUCAAUCCUUAUCACUACGAGCGAGUGGUCUCUCCCGGCAUUGACAUUUCAGGACUGAAUCUAACAGGCUCCAGGCCCGGCUCGGCAUUGAUGGUCAAAGACGAGCACGAUUUCGAUGGGCCCCAAAGUCUGCCCCCCAUGGAUGAGGGUCGCUCAAUGCAGACCAUUCAACACCCUCCAUCAGGGGGUCGUCCAGGGCCCUCUGACCUAUUUGCGCCCACUAACAUGCUCCCUCCCGCUGAGGCGUCCACCUCCGCCUCCACGUCAUCAUUCCCAACUGUCGCCACAGGAUCAGCUAGUGGCAAUACAGUCUGGUCAAGGAACAGCAGCUUCACCCCGAAUACACCACACCACAGCAACGGUCAUCUCCAGCACCAUCCGCCCAUGCCACAGCCAGCACACUACUGGUCAGUCCACGACGAGUUUGCCUUUCAACCCCCCAUAUCCAACCAUCCCGCUCCAGACUACUGGUGCUCCAUUGCCUACUUUGAAAUGGACUUGCAAGUGGGCGAGACCUUCAAGGUGCCGUCGUCGUGCCCCGUCGUGACCGUAGAUGGUUACGUGGACCCUUCAGGUGGCGACCGCUUCUGUCUGGGCCAACUCAGCAACGUUCAUCGCACUGAAGCCAUUGAAAGAGCCAGGCUUCAUAUAGGCAAAGGUGUGCAGCUGGAGUGUAAAGGCGAGGGCGACGUGUGGGUACGUUGCCUCAGCGACCACGCCGUCUUCGUGCAGAGCUACUACCUGGAUCGCGAGGCCGGCCGGGCGCCCGGGGACGCUGUGCAUAAGAUCUACCCCAGCGCUUACAUCAAGGUGUUCGACCUGCGGCAGUGUCACAGGCAGAUGCAGCAGCAAGCAGCGACCGCCCAGGCGGCAGCAGCAGCGCAGGCAGCCGCCGUGGCAGGGAACAUCCCCGGACCCGGCUCGGUGGGAGGCAUCGCACCUGCCAUCAGCCUAUCGGCGGCGGCCGGUAUCGGCGUGGACGACCUUCGCCGCCUUUGCAUUCUCCGCAUGAGCUUCGUGAAGGGCUGGGGGCCCGACUAUCCUCGACAGAGCAUCAAGGAGACCCCGUGCUGGAUCGAGAUCCACCUGCACCGUGCCCUGCAGCUGCUGGACGAGGUGCUGCACACCAUGCCCAUCGCGGACCCCCAGCCGCUCGACUGA